AUGAGUGGAAUUUUAAGAAAUACAUUGCGUCUUGUUAGCACAGCAAAAUAUGCUACAAAUAAUUUUUAUAGUAGAAGAUUUGCAUCAUCCAUGAGUCGGGGAUUAGAAAAAUUUAUUCUAAACAAUAAAUUAGAUUUGAAAAAGCCAAGUGACUACUAUGUCAUUGGUUCUAAUCAAGAACCAAAAUUUUGGCAACAUGUAUGGGCCGAUAUAAGAAAAAAAACAUUUAUCAAUGCUGAUGCAGCAAAUGUUGCUAAAAUUGAUUAUUUCAUAGCAUCGAUAAGUGAUGCUCAAUCAUGGGUAACAGUACAAAAAAAAAAGGAAAAAUUUUAUUUGCCUGCCCCAUUCAAUAUUAAACGCAACGGAGAAUCAAUUAAACCUAUACCCACUGAAUCUGUUAGAGUAAAAUCACUUGCAUUUUCAUAUGAAAAUUGCAAUUUACAUGUAUCACGUGAAGGUGGUAAAUUAAAAAUACAAAAAGGAGAUAGUGGUGAAACUCUCAUUAUCAAUCAUUCAGUUCAUAUUGAAGCUCACCAAAAAACAUCUCGAACGAAGAAGAAUGCUUAUGUAAAAAAUAUACCAUCAAUACUUAUUUCUGACGUUGAAUUUGGUGAUACAAAAAUGAUUGUAAAAAGAGAAGGACAAGACGAAGAAACACAGAUGAUCCAAGGUCAUGCGCAAUACUCUGACGACUACCCCAGUGAUUUGCCACCUAACAAUGAGUUUAUCGAUGAGACAAAACUUGGACGUAAUGAAACAAUUGAUUUAAAAAAUAUACGUGGAUCAUUAGAUCUACAAUUUCCAAUGUCUCUGUCCAUUAAAGGGGGUCCACAAAUAAUUCAUAUACAAGAUCUUGAUGAUACUUUCACUGUCUAUCACAAAAUUGACAUUCAAGCUUACAAAGAUUUAACUAUUCAAAAAGAAUUUGAAAAAUCAAAAAUUGGUAAAAAUACUGUAAAUUUAAAAAAUAAAAAUGAUGCUACAAAAGAAGAUGAUAAUUCAAAAAUUGGAAAAAUUGAUAUACUACUUGACAGCGGCAAUCUAGCAUUGAGAACAUCGAGCCACUCUAGUUCCAAUUUCCGGACCACAUACCAAGUCAGGACUAUAGUUGACUUUGAUGGUCCAACACCAAGCAUUCAAAUUCAUCCUUCUUCUUUUUCAAGAAAAACCCUAUAAAUAAUUAUUAUUUUUUUUAUUUUUGAAUAUUUGAAUAAUAGGUUUAUCCCAAAUAGGUUUUUUUUUUUGGUCUAAUUUAUUAUUAUUCGAUAAAUGAUUAUUUGUACCAAUAAUAUAAACAAUUAAAUUCAUAUGAAAUUUUGACAUGACGUGUUGCUGAAUCUUUUUUAUUUUUAUCUUGUUUUUUUUUUAUACAUCAGUGUAAACAUUUAUGUGCUUAAUUAAUUUUUCUUUUUUAAUGAAUAAUAUUAAAAAAAACAUUAACUGGAAAAACUAUCACCUUGGAAGUUGAAGCCUCUGACACUAUUGAAAAUGUCAAGACCAAGAUCCAAGACAAAAAGAAGACAUGAAAGAUCAACAGAGUCUUUCACAUUUC